AUGCCCACGGCAUCGAUCCGCAAACGUGUAUAUGGCCUUAUUCGGACGACGUUUUCUCCAGGCACAAGUUUAGAUGCGUCAGCUCCAGCAGCUUCCGAUGCCGUUGACCACGAGCACAGCAAUGGCUCGGACACGUCUUCGGUGACGAUGCUACCAUCAACGAGCAAUUCCUUCAUAUCGCAGUGUAUUUUAACCGGGUACUAG